AGCCAAAGAAGGUUAGACGAUACGAGCACUCCAGAUCUUCGUCCCCACAAGCAAGGCUGAGAUGCGCAUCGCUAAGCCUCGUUUGUAUCUGAAAAUUGGGCUGAGGAUCGCUACGGCCGAAGUGCUUCUGUGGGGAGAAGCACUACUAUGUCGAGUGUCGUCGUCGACCCGAGGUCUUCAUCGUGGACCCCAAUCAAUGACACUGAGGAGGUUUUCCUCGAGAAAUGACAGAGUCCUCGCUUCGCCUCACAGAUUGAGAAGGCACGCCAAAGGGCUGCAAAGAAAGCAUUGACAUGGUGACGCCUGCCACCUCUUACAACAACAAAGCCACAAAUGCCCAAGCCUGACAAAUCGACGGCCGUGGUAAGCCAUUACCACAUUCAUACUAUUGCAGUCUAAAACGACGGGAAGGAUCCGUACAUA